AGGAUUAGUCUGUGAACAUCAGAGUCAGGAAGAUCCCUGAAUUCGCUCUGAAGUGGAGCAGCGCGGAAAUGUUGGAGCGGCCCCAGAGCCUGCGGCUACACAUCAGCCCAUCUGAUGGUCCUCACUUGAUCUCAGUCUGGUGCUUUAUAGGGACCCGAUUGCACAGCGAAAUGCCUCCAAAUGAGCCACAACUGACUGGACCACGAGCACCGGCCGCAGCUAAAUGAAUUUGGAGCUGCGAGGAUGAAAAUGUUGCUGAGCAGAGGACUGGGGCUCUGCUUUCUGCUGCUGGCUCUUGUGCACGACACCACAGGCCAAAGAAGAAAGACAGGACGCAGGAACAACUACAGGCUGCACGAUGACGGGGGAAAUGGUCUAACAUGUUCACUGGAGGUGGCCUUCAUCCUGGACAGCUCUGAGAGUGCAAAAAUAUCCCUAUUCGAGAGGCAGAAGGCUUUUGUGUUGAGCUUCAGCACCCGCCUUGCCAUGCUGCAGGUAGCCGGCUGGACGCUGAAGGUGCGAAUGGCUGCGCUUCAGUACAGCAGCUCCGUGUCCAUAGAGCACAGAUUCUCAGCUUGGAAAGACCUGGAUUCUUUCCAUGGUCGAGUCAGCACAAUGAACUACAUUGGGCACGGCACCUACACCACCUACGCCAUCACCAACGCCUCACAGCUGCUGGUGCAGGAGACGCCAAUGGACAGCGUCAGGGUUGCUGUGCUGAUGACUGACGGAGUGGAUCAUCCCCGUAACCCUGAUGUGAUAGCAGCUGCUGCAGAGGCCAAAGGUCACAGCAUAAAGUUCUUCGCUGUAGGGUUAUCGGACAUCGCCCAGCAGAGUCAGAACAAUGCCAAACUCCGCGCCAUCGCCAGCACACCUGCUCAGCAGUUUGUCCAGAGUCUUCUUGACCCCCAGCUGGAAGAGAAGAUGCUCAAAGAGAUGGGUGCGGUCGCAUUUGAAGGGUGUCCACAAGCCCAAGUGUGUUUGUGUGAGAGAGGAGAGAGAGGCCCUCCAGGAAAUCCAGGUAGAAAAGGAGACCCAGGCUUCAGAGGGCCAACUGGCUCAAAAGGAGCAAGGGGGGAGCCUGGCUUGAAUGGUCGACCUGGAAGUGACGGUCCAGAGGGCCGUCCAGGUUAUAAGGGCAACAAGGGGGAGAGAGGAGACUGCGGCACUCCUGGAGAAAAGGGUGACACUGGACCUGAGGGACCUCUUGGACCACGAGGACCAAAAGGAGAAGAGGGUGCGAUAGGACCACCAGGAGACAUGGGACCUGAGGGCCCAGCAGGAGCUAAAGGAGACAGAGGGCCCAGCGGUGCACCUGGACCACCAGGAGACCUUGGUAUUGGAUUCCCAGGAGCCAAGGGUGAGAAGGGCAUUCAGGGAAGACCAGGUCCCACAGGUCCUGUUGGGAUAGGAGAACCAGGACUAGCAGGACCACCAGGACCACCUGGAGCACAGGGAAACCCUGGACCUCCUGGAGAGGGGUUUGCAGGACCAAAGGGUGACCGAGGGUAUGAUGGUCCAAGGGGCAAUCGUGGGCUCCCUGGCGUUGGGGUCAAAGGUGACAAGGGCAAUCGUGGGCCGCCAGGAAUUCCAGGUCCACUUGGGGUUUCUGGUUUAGGACUUCAAGGAGAAAAGGGAGAUCAAGGCCCAGUUGGACCUGCAGGACCCAGAGGAAUUCCAGGUGUGGGAAUUCAAGGACCAAAGGGGAAUCAGGGCCUCCCAGGUGAGCCUGGACUGCCAGGUGAGAGAGGUUUGGGAGAACCAGGACCCAAAGGUGACCCUGGGGCUGAGGGGUUGCCAGGUAUACCAGGCCAGCCAGGAGACGAUGGAGUCCCGGGACCAAAGGGUGACGUUGGGUUACAGGGGCCCAGGGGACCUGAUGGGGCUCCUGGUAAAGGUGUCCCUGGAGAGAAGGGAGACAGAGGGGACAGGGGAUCCAGGGGGCAGCCAGGUGCAGUCGGUCCUGUGGGGCCAAUGGGAUCAAAGGGGGAACCAGGAAAUAUGGGGCCACCAGGCUUAACUGGACCCCCAAGCAGGGGGAUACCUGGUGCCAAGGGAGAACCAGGAGCACGAGGCCCGGCUGGAGCUGUGGGGGAGCCAGGGAGUGGUUUAAUUGGACCCAAGGGUGACAGAGGGCCACCAGGGCCUGCUGGGCCACCCGGACUCAAAGGUGAAGGUUUCCCCGGACCUCCAGGACUUCCGGGGCCUCCUGGCCUGAUGGGAGAGAUCGGACCAGAGGGCGUUGGUUUACCUGGACCAAAGGGAGACAGAGGCCUGCCUGGACCUCCUGGACCUGCUGGGCCUCCAGGAAUUGGUCUAAUUGGUUCCAAGGGUUCAGUUGGCCAAAUGGGCCCCCCUGGUCCACAGGGGUUACCUGGAGAGGGAAUACAAGGACAAAAGGGGGAGCCUGGAUUUCAGGGGAUCCCCGGCCCCAGAGGUCCUCCAGGACAAGGCCUGCAGGGAGACAAGGGCGAUCGAGGCUUCAGAGGGGAGAAAGGCAAAAGGGGAGACAGAGGGGAACCAGGAGAGCCGGGAACAGUCGGACCUUUGGGCAGGGUGGGACAGAAGGGAGAACCUGGCCUUACAAGGGAUGAAAUCAUCAAAAUAGUGAGAUCCAUAUGCAGUUGUGGAGUGACGUGCCGCCAAACACCCUUGGAGCUCGUCUUUGUGAUCGACAGCUCAGAGAGCGUUGGCCCUGAAAACUUCAACGUGAUCAAAGACUUUGUGAACGCCCUGAUCGACCGGGCCUCGGUCAGCCAGGACACCACACGGGUCGGCGUGGUCCUCUACAGCCACAUCAACAUCGUGGUGGUCAGCCUCGGUCAGGAGGCCAGCCGUGAUGACAUCAAAUCCGCUGUCCGCUCCAUGGUCUACCUGGGCGAGGGGACGUUCACAGGCAGCGCCAUCCAACAGGCCAACAACGUGUUCAAGGCGGCACGGGCAGGUGUGAGGAAGGUGGCCAUCAUCAUCACCGACGGUCAGGCUGACAAGAGAGAUUCGGUCAGUCUAGAGAGCGCAGUGACGGAGGCUCAGGGAAGCAACAUCGAGACGUUUAUCAUUGGGGUGGUGAACGAGAGCGACCCCCUGUAUGAAGAGUUCAAGAAAGAGCUGAACUUCAUGGCCUCUGACCCUGACACCGACCAUGUUUACCUGAUAGAGGACUUCAAAACACUUCCAGCUCUGGAGAAAAAAUUGCUGAGUCACAUUUGUGAAGACGGAAACAGACGUUUGUUCAGCUCCAUCCCAAGCUCCAGACUCGCUCCGGGAAUCCCAGAGAUCUCCGGUAACGUUCGAGAACCGUCGUACAGGACGGACACGGACACGCCCACCUUCACUGGAGACUUCAGGAGAGUUCAGAUGGUGCCCGGCGCUCCAGCGUCUCAGCUGGACAGGCUACCAGUGACUCCACACAAACCCAAGGCGGACGACAGAACCCCCCCAGAAAGUCAGAGGUUUCCAUUCUUUGACAGGGAGCCCUUCAGGCCGGUAACAGAUUUCCUCUCACAGCUCGACACCAACAACCCAACACACCGCACGGUGCUGACGGGAGCCAUGGGGCCGGCUGCUCCCACUCUGAAGGCCCCACCUGAGGAGAAGAAACCAGCGCCGUCUCCACCGCCUCCUCCACUACCGCCUUCUGAUACCUACGGAGCAGCAGAGCGCUGCAGCCAGAUCCUGGAUCCAGGACCGUGUCGGGACUACGUGGUGAAGUGGUACUAUGAUGCCACAGCCAACGCCUGCGCUCAGUUCUGGUACGGAGGCUGUUUAGGAAACGGCAACCAGUUUGACACUGAGAAGAGCUGCGUGGAAACCUGCGUGAAGGUCUAAUAUUCACCUCCCUGUUCGGAAAUAAUGCUCAUAAAACAUUUUGAUCUUUCCUCACAUGACUUUGCCAUACAGUUCACUUCUACUUCAGUGCCUUAGUGCUUCUCUUUAGCUGCCUUGACAAGCAUAGGGAGACUCUUAAACCAAAUUACCCUGAGGUAGAGUUUUUAAAUUGUUGUUAGACACUAUUAAAUGUUUGUUCUGUUGGCUGGGGGAAUUUGUUUUGAACCAAGCCACGCUAAGAGAAAGAAAACACCUCCUCUAAUGCUACUUUUGAACAGUUCUGUUAAAAAUAAAAAAACAAGAAAACGCAACUUUGUAACCACUAACUUUUCUAUUAAGAAAAAAGUAACCAUUUUGUACUCUAAGAUGCAAUGAUGUAUUUUUUUACUUUGAAAGGUCCAGUGUGAAGGAUUUAGUGACCUCUUUAAGCAGAUAUUAAAUACAAUAUUCAUAAUUAUGUUUAAUUUAUGUUGUAUUUUGUAAAAAUAAGAGUAGUUGAUUUACCUUAGUCCUUUAUACUUAUAGAAAGAGUGGUUCUUUUCCCACAGUCCACCAUGUUGCACUGCCAUGUUCCUACAGUAGCCCAGGAGGGACAAGCCAAACACCGACUCUACAGAGGGCCUUUUAGGUUUUUCAUGGUCUCCACAGAGUCUCCUUCAUUCUUAGAAUGGGACAGUGAGUUGAGUGGCAUUCAGCGAGUAGUAGAAGUGUUCAGGUCCUUUAUACCAACAGAAAAAAAAAAUCCUACUUAUAGUACAUAGCAGUAAAAUUUGGUUAAAAUAUGAAAGUAUAAGUGCCUGUCUGGCCCCUCUGUAUGAUAUGUUAUGUCUAACAUCAUUAGAUUAAUAUUAGUGAAGCAUCAGUGUGUCAGCAGCAUGUUAUUGUUGGUAGCUGCUGCAGGUUGGAAUACUUUAUAUUCAGUUUUAUAUCAAAGAACGGCAGAUA